GUUUAUUUCUAAAAGUCUCGCAUAAAAGUCUCGUGAUAACAGCGGUUAGGCGUGCGAAUGACGCAGUUUGGUGUCAGGGGAGGGAGGGGAGCCGAGCAGCAGUGUAGGAAAAGAGGAGGAAGCGGCGAGGAUGGCGGAGUCACACCUCUGAAGCAAAUCUUCGAGGGAUUAAAAACAAACAGACGUUGAUGACCUUUUGCAGCCUGAAAGAACUUCUGUCUGAAACUCCUGAGAUUGUAUGCUGUUCAGACACUUAAGCAUGUGGCCCAUGGAUGCCACAAUCCGGCUACUUAAAAAGAUUUUUUCUUCCAUGGCAUUUUAACAAAGGAACAAAGUAUCAAAAGUCUCCAAAAGCCGUUGGAUCACAAGGCUUUUAAUUCAAGGAUAAUCAUAAAUGUGUGGGCCUGCACAGGGAUGUUUUCUUUAAAAGCCUACUUGGCUGUCUGUGUCCCUUUUCCCCCCAAAUAAGUAACCUGACAAAAGAGACUCCCAUGAGCAACUCUGCAAGAGGCCCGAUAACGUCGACAUGAGUAGUACUUUAGGCAAAGAAAAAGAUUCAAAAGAAAAGGACCCCAAAGGUGGUCCCGCUGGGAAAGAAAGGGAAAAGGAGACCAAGGCUCUGGCCGGCUUGGUCAAGGAUGGUGGCAAAGAAUCGAAGACCAAAGGGAAAGAUGCCAAAGAAGGAAAGAAGGACACCAGCAGUUCAACACCGGGUGUUGCCUUCUCCGUCGACAAUACGAUAAAGCGGCCAAACCCGGCAGCAGGUACACGCAAAAAGUCCAGUAAUGCCGAGGUGAUCAAAGAACUCAACAAGUGCAGGGAGGAGAACUCCAUGAGACUGGACCUAUCUAAACGGUCCAUUCACAUGCUGCCGUCCUCCAUCAAGGAGUUGACGCAGCUCGCUGAACUCUACUUAUACAGCAACAAGCUGCAGAGCUUGCCAGCUGAGGUGGGUUGUCUAUCGGGCCUGGUCACGUUGGCCCUGAGCGAGAACUCCCUGACCAGUUUGCCCGACUCCCUGGACUCCCUUAAGAAGCUUCGAAUGCUCGACCUGCGGCACAACAAGCUGAGAGAGAUACCGGCUGUCGUCUACCGGCUGACAUCUCUGACCACGCUGUACCUGCGCUUCAACCGCAUAACAACGGUCGAGAAGGACAUCCGAAAUCUAUCCAAGCUCACCAUGCUCAGCAUCCGCGAGAACAAGAUUAAACAGCUGCCUGCAGAGAUGGGUGAGCUUUGCAACCUUAUUACUCUGGAUGUUGCCCAUAACCAGUUGGAACACCUACCGAAGGAGAUUGGGAAUUGCACACAGAUAACCAACCUCGACCUGCAGCACAAUGAGCUCUUGGACCUUCCAGAGACUAUAGGGAAUCUGGCCAGCAUAAAUCGCUUAGGUCUGAGAUAUAAUAGAUUAUCAGCCAUUCCCAGAUCAUUAGCCAAAUGUCGAGAACUGGAGGAGCUAAACCUUGAAAACAACAACAUUUCAGUGUUGCCAGAGGGCCUGCUUUCAAGUUUGGUCAACCUGACAAGUCUAACACUGGCAAGGAAUUGCUUCCAGUCGUACCCUGUGGGCGGACCAUCCCAGUUCUCCACCAUCUACUCCCUCAACAUGGAGCACAACCGAAUCAACAAGAUCCCCUUUGGUAUCUUCUCCAGGGCCAAAGUGUUAAGCAAGCUUAACAUGAAGGACAACCAGUUAACAUCUCUGCCGCUGGACUUUGGCACAUGGACGAGCAUGGUCGAGCUUAACCUGGCCACUAAUCAGCUGACAAAGAUCCCAGAGGACGUCUGUGGUCUAGUCUCUCUAGAGGUGUUAAUAUUGUCCAAUAAUCUUCUCAAGAAGUUACCACAUAGUAUUGGGAAUUUGAGGAAGCUACGAGAGCUCGACUUAGAGGAAAACAAGUUGGAAUGUCUGCCUAAUGAAAUUGCAUAUCUUAAAGAUUUACAGAAAUUGGUGUUGACAAAUAAUCAGCUGACUACGUUACCCAGAGGCAUCGGCCACCUCACCAACCUGACUCAUCUGGGUUUGGGAGAGAACCUGCUGCAACACCUUCCCGAGGAGAUUGGUACACUGGAGAACCUGGAGGAACUGUACCUCAAUGACAACCCCAACCUGCACAGCCUCCCGUUCGAGCUGGCCCUCUGCAGCAAGCUGUCCAUCAUGAGCAUCGAGAACUGUCCCCUCAGCCACCUGCCGCCCCAGAUUGUGGCGGGGGGCCCCUCCUUCAUCAUCCAGUUCCUCAAGAUGCAGGGACCGUACCGUGCCAUGGUCUGAGCCAAGAGCAGCUCGAUCCCAGUCCCACUUUAACUCCAAACCCUCCACUUGCUCUGCACCCUCGCGCCUGGCGCCCCCCCACACCCACCAUUACGUGUAUCUUACACUGUAAAGCAAACGAGACUCUCCACAAUCAGUGUCGAGAGAGGAAGGAGGAGGAAGAAGUGAGAAAAAAGGUCUUUCACUAUCCUCGGGCAGACACAAGGUGAAUCUUUGGAGACCUGACUUCUGUGUUGCUCCAGAGUUUAUCACGGUCAUUUUAGGACCCCGGCCACCCCCUGCUCGUCCUUCACUCCGAAUCAUACAGGAGGAAAAAAAAUGUCCAUCUCUUUGCCAAAACUGAAGAUAUAUAAAGUUAUAUAUAUUGAGUAACUGUGAGCUAAGUGGCAAGUCUUUUAACCAUAUAAACCAUGCUCCCAUUGCCAAUGUAUUUACAGUAACUACAAGCAUCUAUUAUGUGAGCAAGGAUACAAUUGUAUGCAAAAACAAACAAAAAAAGUCUUUUGAACUUCACAUUUACUGCUGCUGCCGUAAUUUUAACUGUCAUCUUGUCAUAUUUUCUUUUGAUAUUCCCUUUUUUUAUCAUCUUCCUCAAGAUAAAUUAUGUCAAUUGCUUUUUGACCAUAGAGAACAAAGGUCUAAUGAUGGUGUGUUCCUUUUUUUUCUUUUUUUUCAAUCUUUCAUGAUUUAAAAAAAAAACUGUGCCUAUGUUUAGGAGUGAUCGAGUGGUUCAUUUCUAAACACAAUUGUCCAUGAGAAUACAAAGAUAUAAAUUAUUUCCUUUUUUUUAUUACUGCUGUUUUGACUUUUUUUUUUUUUCAUUUUUGCUGUUGCAUUAAUCUGUUAAAAUGGGCGAUAUCAGUUGUAAAAUAGGUUAAUUGGAGAUCUUUUUAUGAAAUAGCAGCAGUGGUUGUUCAGCAUUAAGCUAGUAAUGUACACAUAUGAGAAAUGCCAAUCAUACACGCUUGGGGAGGACAAAAAGAAAAGUAAGUUGGGACUUGAACGGGCGGUGCCACGACCCCAGGGUCAAAAAUGCAUAUGUGAUGGGAUAAGUGCUAGGAGAUGCUUUUGUAUAUGUACACAAGUCCUGGUUGUUGCCUUGGGUGCAAUUUUAGUUAUGUUUACUUGUUUUAUAUUAUCUCCAGUGUUGGGCUGCAGAGCUGUAAUCCAGUUGAUCAUUGACCAACAUAUCAAGCGUUUUUUAAAAAGACGUGAUCUGGGUCUUUGGAGCUUGUGGUGAGUGCAUCACAGCUUCAAACAAGAUUUCAUAAUAACCGGUAACAGGUAAAUUCUUGACACUUUUUUUGUUAUUUUUUUAACAGGGUCUCCCAAUAAUCUUAAUUACAUUCAUUUUGUCCCACACUGUCCUAGCAAUGCUGCUGCUCUCAUGCACUUUUGUUUAAAAUACAUUGGCACCCACUAUAUUUAGGCAACAAAAAAACACAGUAGCCUCUCAUUGGUUGUUUUUGAAUGGGGGCAUUUUUUUGUUUUUGUUUCAUAAAUAAGUAUUUUAUCCGUUAAUUUGUAUCAAUUUGAAUAUAAGUUUCGAGUUUCCCAGGCUCAGAAUAUACUAGUAAUUUUCUUUUGGGGAAGUUUUAUCCUGUCAAACAUUGGUUUCAAAUUCCCAUAUCCUGCUUCCUUCAUUGCAAGUGAACUGGCUUACUGCAGGUCAGUUCAGCAUAAUGUUUUAUUUCAAAUCAAUUCACAUUGAGUGUUUACGAUUUUCCUAAAUGAUGAAAUGUGUAUUCAGUUAGUAUUAUUUCAAAUGUGUGUACAUUAAAAGCCCCAACAAAAGGUUAAUCAAACCAAACCUUUUUUUUUUUCUUGAAAAUGUGUUGCAUCCCGACUCUAUAUCCAAUCAUGAUUCUGUUUUGUAUUGAAAUGUCUGGGUCUACUAUUUCUUUGCAGCAGCUUUGGUGUGUUUUGUGUGAGCUGUGGUCCGGUCUCCUGGGCGAUGAGCGCCACAGUGCUCGGAGGGGGCGGGUAUAUAUGGGGGGGGCAAAUGUACCGCUGCUUCUAAUUUACCAGCAGAACUUGUUGCUGCUUUUCGUGGACUGAUACAUAUGCUGUACAAGGCGGAGGGGGAGCUGGGGGGGGGCAGGAGGUGGGAGACGAUCCACUCCCGAUACAGACUUUUAUUCGGAAAAACCCUGGCGAGGGACAAAUCCACUGACCUUUUUUCAAAUCGGCCUGGUGGUUUUCUCACAGAUCAAAUCGUUUGGACACAACGAUGAGACGACACAACAAGGUGCAUAUUUGAGCUUAAUGCAGUUACAGUACAAGACUGUCGGAAAAAGACACACAAAUAAAAAAAAUUGUAAAAAGGGCUUUCUGUGUUCAUGCUCAACAACACACCGGAGGCAUUGCAUUCCUGGUUUUCUAUAAAAGCUUUGGAAGUUUCUUUUUGGUGUAUUUUAUUUACUUUUAGCUGUAAACAAUUGUGUGAAAAUGCCUUCAAUGAGUACUGGGUGAGAUGUGCAUUAGGUAUGCAGCAACAGCGCUGUGACCCAUUUUUACAUUCAGAUCUCUGUUUUUACUUUUUUUCAUGUGCCAUUCUGUAAGGUUGAGAAUGCCAGUGUAUGAAGACGCAGAGGAGGAUGAUGAUGAUGAUGAUGAUGAUGAUGAUGGGGGACGGGCAGAAACUGGACAGGGCUAAUGGACCGGAGAGCAUUUAUCAGAUCCUGGAAUGUAGUUCAAAUGUGUUGUGGAGGAGCUGGACGUCACCGACUGGCCCGCUCAGUUCAAGGUGCGACCUGUUGGAUCAAAGUGGUGACGAUGUAUUGCAUACUGGCGCAUCCUUAACAAUCGGGAGUGUAAUUGGUGGUUAUUUUUCUAUCGUCUGUGACUUUUAGGCCGUGGGGAGCAUCACAGAAUCAAGUCAUUUCGCACCUUAAGCUUUUCUUCUUCUUUUUUCCCCCCCUCUCUCUCCCUCUGAAUCGUACAACUUGUCUUUUUCUUGCCUGGUUGUUUUGUACAGGAACCAAGCAUGUUGGACACAUUUGACAUGAUUUGUCUGGGUCGGAAUCAGGCGUUUUUGCAUAGGGGACUUCGAUCUAGUGGCUAUUUGGUGUAUCUGCAAAUGCUCCCUUUUUGUAUAUUGCAAAGGGUAUCGAAGCAUUGUGUGGCAAUGCUUAUCCUACUUAAUCUACAUUGACAAGCAGCCUUAAUGGUCUUUUUUAUGUGUUUGGCUAUUCCUCGUGUCUAUGGCCACUGACUGUACUUGAUGACAAGCAACUGGUUGUUACAAUGUAAAUUUGGAAUCUAAUUUCUUUCUGUCUUAUUUUUCAUUUUACUCUGUACAGUGAUCUGACGUUACGGUAGACUCAGUAUUACAGAAUCUGUAAUGUGAUGAGAGUUUUACAAAAAGACAAAUGGUGUAAUGGAAGGUAAUGCCAUUAUGCUACCAAGUGGAUGUGCAUUAGCUUUGCGCCUCACUUGUCUUUGGCAUUAAAGGGGAAUUCCACUAAAACUGACUUGCAUUGUUAUUCUGCAAAAGUAGAUCCCUUUUUUUAACAGAUUGAUUUUUUUUGGUCUUUUUCAUGUUUUUCUCCAUAAGUCAUAUCAGACUUUUAGUCAUUAGAUUGUGAGAUCAGGGGAAAUAAAAGUAUGUGACAUCAGCUGUAAUAGUAUGAGACUGUUCAGAAUUUAAUUUAGACAUAAUUUUUAUUAUCAGAAAGAAAAAUACACUUAAAGGUUGUUUUUUUUUUACCUCAUCUUGAGAGCACAUAAAUACAUAAAUGUUCACUUUCUCCCCAAUCAAAACAAGCCAGUUUUGUUGGAACAGCCCUUUAAUGUGAUUUCCCACUGCCCUGUAUACCACUCACAUGCACGCGCACCCCCCCCCCCCCCAAGAGCUCACACACUGUACUCUGUACUAUCUCCAUACAUUAACUUGACUGCCUUAUGCGCACCAAGCAGAACCUUUGACCAUAUGAUUUAAUCAACCAAAACAGAUAAUCAUUUCCCCCCCUUUUUAAUUUCUUCCUUUAAUGUCAAUAAAGGGAUCUGGGUCCACAGAUUGAAGCAGAAUUGUUGAGUCUGUCGUCUCUUGGACGAGCAGAUGCAGACAUGACUACCUCUUUGUGAGUCUCCAAUCCUAAACCACAGUGACCAAGAUCCCGUCUGAGGUGUUUCUGCCUGUGUACAUACUGCACAAAGCUGCAGGUUGGCAGCAGGACCUUGGAUUUGGACCAGCAAUUCAACAAGAGUUAGUUGUAUUAAGCAUAUUUCUGUUGUUUUUAUUUGGGUUAUAUGCCUUUACUAAGUAUUAUUUGGCAAAUGAAAAAGAGGGGGAAAAACGACUGAUUUGUGAGCUUUGCUGUAAAUGACAAACCUUACCGAUGCCGCCCCAUUGUAAGACAGAUAUCCUGAAACCCGACCGGUUGCAGAGUGCUACUUUGCGAGUGCAAGACCAUGUUUGGUGAUGUUCUGUAUGUACAUACAUCUUUUUAACUGUAAUAAACCGAUAAAUAUUUACAAAUUUA